AUGGCCAGACCAUUGAUUUCCCCGUUACAAUGGCGUCAAUUACAUCAAGGUCUCUGUCCAAAAGCCCGCACAUUGCGCCACAACGGUCUGCAAGCUUGCACCGCUCGAGCUGUCACCAAUAGCAACACAACCCCAUCGAAACGACCCUUCCACACUACUCAAACUCGGUCAGCUGCUAGGCCUCCUCGCCGAUCACCAUCUGUUCGAGAACAAGAGAGGAGGGGGGCAGAAGCGGUACCCGAGGAUGUGUUGAAAGGCCCAAAUGGAUUGAACCUAGACCGUGAUGGGUUUUGGAACCAUUAUUGUGUUGCGCAUGUUGAACCAACAUUGGCUGAGUUUAAGAAAUUCACGCGCCAACUCUAUGAGACUUACGGCUACAUCUUACCGCCGGGUGUCAACAUGGCGACAUUUGGGUCUGUAGGUGAACAGUUAAUCAGGCUGUCACACUCGCGGUUCCCUUCCGCAAGUCUUACACGGAGUAUCUCAAUAGAUGUCGACGCUGUUUAUCGAAUCGCGUUCGCUCUGAGACCCCUUUCAAAAGGCCCCUACAUCUACCAAUGGGCGUUGACCGGCUGCGCAAAAGCACAUUCGCGCCGAGCCCUUGUGGAUCUCGUGAACCGGUAUAUCAGCAUCGAAGGCGUGGAUAUUUACCGGAACACCGAGCCCAUAGCGCAGAUCAAAGACUUGGCUCUCAAAGAUGAAUUCCCUCAAGCGAUUAUGCUAUAUGCCAAACUGCUCAUCUGGCGUGGCGAGAAAGGACAGGCUGCCCGGCUCCUAGAGCAGAAGAUUCUGCCAUAUCUGCAACCCGUUAGCAAACACCCUCCCCUUUGGGAGGAUAUAAAGUUAUUGGACGACUUUGAAUCGCCCUGGCGGAUGUACGCUAUUGCUGUCGAGAAGGAACAGGGUCUACAAGGCAUCCUGAAGGCCACGCGACGAGCCGCCUUGGAGUUCCACGACCCGCUUGCCAUGACUGACUAUGCCAUCUCCGUGUUGGAAACGGAUGAACCUCACAAAUACGAGGUGUACGAAUCGUACAUGGCCGCCGCUGCAUUGGGGCAAAACCCUCUAGCCUGCUUUUACCUUGCCAAUUUAUAUUACCGCAUCUCCCAAGGCGAAUUUACCACCGAAGCAGAGAGAGACGCCAAGAAGAGGGAGGAGGCCUAUGCCGCGCGCCGCGGCUGGUUGAGACGCUUCGAACCUAUAGAAAAGUGGGUUAAUAAUUUGUUCAACCAACCGCUCGAUCGCAAGUCAUACCGCAUGCUUGCAAUGGAUUGGUAUGAGCUUGCGUUUGAUAUGGGAAACAACGAGGCUGGGUAUAUUCUAGCCUUGCUCCUUCGCGAGGAUAGCGAGAUGGAGAAAAGCCGUGAGAUGUACAACCUUACUGCUCAAAGGGGUCUUCCUACCUCGUUAUCGAAGAAAGGCCUGAAACAAAUGGAGGAUAAGUGGGAAGACCAGACCUUCAACCCUGGUCUGCCUCCUAAGCUCUUGAGGCUUACUUAG